CACUUCUACAUUCGCAAUUGCAGUUGUUCACAAUCUCACACCAACAAAUCUCUGGAACCCUACAUGGAUUCGAGGAUGAUGGGCUUCGAUUCUCCACUCUUCUCUGCACUCCAACACAUGCUCGACGCCACCGAUGAUUCUGACAAGUCCGUCAGCGCCCCCACUCGCACCUACGUCCGCGACACCAAGGCCAUGGCGGCGACGCCUGCUGACGUCAAGGAGUACCCGAAUUCUUACACCUUCAUCGUCGACAUGCCGGGGCUGAAGUCCGGCGACAUCAAGGUUCACGUGGAGGACGACAAUGUGCUGGUGAUCAGCGGAGAGAGGAAGCGCGAGGAAGAGAAGGAAGGCGUCAAGUACGUGAGAAUGGAGAGGAGGGUAGGCAAGUUUAUGAGGAAGUUUGCAUUGCCGGAGAAUGCCAAUACUGAUAAGAUCUCCGCGGUUUGUCAAGAUGGAGUACUGACCGUCACCGUUGAGAAGCUACCACUGCCGGAGCCCAAGAAGCCCAAGACCAUUGAGGUCAAGAUCGCUUAAACCUCCGUGAUUUCUGAGUGGGUAACUGUUGUAAAAUAUCUAAAAUCUCGUGCCAAUAAUUCCUUUUGAAUUUGACAUUUAAGAUUUGGAUAUCUUUAUUUUGAUGAAUUAAAAUUGUUGAACAAAAAAAUAUGGGAAUUGUUUUCCUGA